AUGCCUCAAUUCACGGUUGAAGAGCUUCGAGCUGCAAUCGGCGACCCCAACAAACCUGAAGACGUGAAGAGACUCGGCGAGUUUAUCACCUCCCACGAUGAUACAUUCGCACACGGUUUAGCCUUUUUACUUAAUAGCCUUGACGAAGCUACACUUCAACAGAAGCUUUCUCUUAAGCGCGAAAAGCUAGCUCAAGUCACGGCCAUAACCGAUCAAGAGGAGAGCGACAAAAUCAUCAAGGAACUACAAGACAAACUCACCGAAGCUACAAGCCAACUCAAUACAACUCCUCCUGCCCCUGCUCAAACUGUCCGAUCCCCCCAGCUCCCAGACCCCCUUCGUUUCGGCACCACCCGCAAGUCACCUGAAGACCUCCGCAACUACCUAUUUGACAUCAAUGUCAAGCUUCGAAGAAACGCAGACUGGUACCCCACUGAAUACGAUAAGAUGGCUUACGUUGUUUCUACCCUAGAAGGCGAAGCACGUAAUCACAUCAACCCCUAUUUGGACAAUAACGGUAGCUUUACCACCUUGACUUCAGUUAGCGACAUCACACGAAUUCUCGAAGACACAUACAGCAACAAGUUUAGCCAAGAGGAAGCGUAUGCGAAGAUUAUAUCAGACAAGCAGGGCCAACGACCAACAGCGGAAUUCCUCUCUAACCAUCUAG